AUGCUCUCAGUGGCCGCCGGGGUCCAGUCACCACCACCAACUCACAAAGCAAACAUCGUCCGGUCCUCAGUCGCAAUCUCCUUCCGCUUUGCAUCCGAUCCGACAAUCUUUCUCUCUUUGUUUUCUAUGGCAAGUGCGGUGUGGACAUUCACUCCCCUCUCUCCGUUCGUCUCCAUGGGCGUGAGAAAUCUGCAGGCCUCUGCAUCCUGGAGCUGGACCCCCGAAGAACCCAUCUCCUCUUUCUCGUUGGGUUGUAGCCUCGCCGCAGUUGAGUUCACAGCCCGACUAGGGGAGGCCUCUCGUCGCCGACGACGACGCGACCGAGAUCUGCAGGCCUCUGCAUCCUGGAGCUGGACCCCCGAAGAACCCAUUUCCUCUUUCUCGUUGGGUUGUAGCCUCGCCGCAGUUGAGUUGAGGGGUUUAGGCAAGAGUUUCUUUGACAUAAUGAGUGGGAUGGAGGCUGCUUUAGCAUCUGGAGUGUUGAAGGUUGCAGGUGACAAGCUAGUUUCACUGUUAGCCACUGAGUUUGCUGCCAUAACCGGUGUACAAAGAGAUCUCUCCGAGCUCCAGGAUAUACACGCAGCGAUUACAGGCUGGCUGUCGGCAGCACGUGACAGAGCAAUACAAAGUGAGCCACAGUCUCUCUGGGUUGUAAAAUUGAAAGAUGUGGCUUAUGACAUUGACGAUGUACUACAAGAAGUCCAGCUAGAAGCUGAGAAACAGAAGAUGGAAAGAGAUGAUGACAAGAGUGCUAUAGCUGGCUGCUUCUGUGCAAAACCAAAGGCAUUUGCAUUCCGAUACAAGAUGGCUCAUAAGAUCAAGGCAAUCAAGGUGAGAUUUGCUGCAAUCGUCAAGCAAAGAAGUGAUGUCAAUACUUUAGUUCCAAGGGAUCAACAUGUUGGUACUAGCUACAGGACAGUUGGAAAAAUGUACUGGUUGAGCGAGGUUCUGGAGUCCGAAAUACCCCGUAGGGAUCAAGAAAAGGAUGCAAUCAUAUCUAAGCUUGUAGAAUGUAAUGCUGGAGAGAACAGCAUGGUAGUUUCUAUCGUCGGAUUAGGGGGGUCAGGCAAAACUACUUUGGCCAAACACAUUUGCCAUGACGUCAAGAUAAAGGAGCACUUCGGAGAUGGAAUAUUCUGGGUCCAUGUGUCUCAAGAGUUUGAUUUUGAGAAGCUCAUCGGCAAGCUAUUUCAAACAAUUGUUGGAGAUAAUUCAGAUCGUCAUCCCCCGCAGCACAUGGCCCAAAAAAUCUCCGAGAAGUUGAGCAAUAAGAAGUUUCUUCUUAUCCUUGAUGAUGCUUGGCAUGAGGACAGACAUGACUGGGAACAGUUCAUGGUGCAGCUAAAAUGUGGUGCACCUGAAAGAAGGAUUAUGUUAACCACUCGUGAUCGAAAGGUUGCAGAAGCUGUGGAAUCAAGAUAUAUAUUUGAUUUGGCAUUCUUAUCAGAGUCUGAGAGUUGGAACUUAUUCCUGAAGGGUUCUGGAUGGGCAGAGCAAGAUUUGAGCUCCGAUUAUGUACAAGUCGGAAAAGAGAUUAUCAAGGGAUGUGGUGGGGUGCCGCUAGCAAUUCAAGCUCUUGGAGCAGUCCUUCGUGACAAGAAGCAAAUAAGUACGUGGAAGGCCAUAAGAGAUAGUAAUUUAUGGAAUGUUCCGAGUAUAAAUGACAGAGUGUUUGCAUCCUUGAAGUUGAGCUAUAUUCACUUGGCAGAUGAACUGAAGCAGUGCUUUACAUUUUGCUCCAUAUUCCCGAAGGGCUAUGGAAUCCAGAAAGAUCGUUUGAUUGCCCAAUGGAUAGCUCAUGGAUUCAUCAAUGCAAUGAAUGGAGAGCAACCUGAAGAUAUCGGAAGAGACUACUUAGAUUCUCUUGUAAAAGUCAGGUUUCUUCAGGAAGCUUAUGGGAGCUGGAAUACUGAUAUAUACAACAUGCACGAUUUGAUCCAUGAUCUCACUCGACAGAUACUAAAGGAUGAACUGGUGACUUGUGUGCCAAUUCAUACAACAGAAGAAUUUACUCAUAGGUAUAGAUAUUUAUCUUUGACUUCAUUCACUGAGAAUGCUGACAAGGGCUUAUUUGACAAGGUCCGUGCUCUAUAUAUCUCUGACAGUAAGCCAUCUUUUGAUACCACAGUGAAGAAUAGUUGUUGUAUGCGCAGUGUUGUUUUGGACUAUGCAAUUGAUACUCCAUUUUCACUAUUCAUAUUAAAGUUUGAGUAUCUUGGGUAUCUUGAAAUCCACAAUGUUAGUUUUACAACAGUUCCAGAAGUUAUCUCGAGGUUUUGGAACUUGCAGUCACUCCAUUUUGUUAACUGCAAAGGUUUUGUGACAUUACCUGAGUCUGUUGGAAAGCUUCGGAAGCUAAGGACUCUAGAGUUGCGUUGCAUUACUGAUCUUGAGAGUUUGCCUCAGUCCAUUGGUGACUUUUAUGUUCUUCAGUCCUUGCAACUAUAUUCCUGCAGGAAGCUCCGAGAGAUACCAAGCUCUCUAGGUAGAAUUGGAAACCUAUGUGUACUUGAUAUAGAGCGUUGUUCAUCUCUGCAACAACUACCGCCAGACAUCAUUGGGGAGUUCAAAAACUUGCGAACUAUCAACUUUAAUGGUUGUACGGGUUUGCAAGACCUGCCAAGCACAUUAUCCUGUCAUACAUUGCGUACUCUGAACCUUUCUGGAACCAAAGUUACCAUGCUACCUCAAUGGGUUACAUCGAUUGAUACUCUAGAAUGUAUUGACCUUGAGGGAUGCAAGGAGCUACGGGAGUUGCCUAAGGGCAUAGCAAACUUGAAAAGGCUUGCAGUUUUGAACAUAAGGGAUUGUAGUAAACUGUGCUGCUUACCAUCAGGAUUGGGACAGCUGACCCGUUUAAGAAAGCUGGGAUUGUUUGUUGUUGGGUGUGGUGCAGAUGAUGCGAGGAUCUCAGAGCUAGAAAACCUUGAUAUGAUAGGUGGUCGCUUGGAAAUUACCAACCUUAAGUAUUUGAAGAAUCCAAGUGAUGCAGAGAAGGCUUGCUUGAAGCGGAAGAGUAGCAUACAAAGCUUGGUGCUGAACUGGUCUUUAAGUGAUACUGAAGAAGAGUUGGUAUCAGAUAUGGAACAUGAUUGGGGUGUGCUGAACGCUCUUGAACCACCAUCGCAAAUUGAGUACUUGGAUAUCUAUGGUUACAGGGGCCCCUGCUUGCCAGGAUGGAUGAUGAAGCAAAAUGAUUCUUCAUAUUGUGAAGGUGGCAUAAUGCUGAAGCAAACUACUGCAUCCCAUUUCCUUCGUUUAACUUCGUUAACGCUGAAAGGAUUUCCAAACUUGAGGCAUAUGAGAGGAUUUGCUGAGUUGCCUUCACUGAAGGACCUUGAGCUGGAGGAAAUGCCUAAUUUAGAGGAGCUGUGGACUACAUCAAGUGGUUUUGAAACUGGGGAGAAAGAAUUGGCAGCACAAUAUCCUUUCCCUGUCCUGUCCAGUCUACUCAUAGGUGGCUGCCCGAAAUUAAAUGGGAGCCCCUACUAUCCACCAUCGUUGGAGCAUAUGUAUUUAAACAGAAGCAAUAUGCAGCUGCUAUCCACAGGAAGGUUCUCCCAUCAGCUGCCCAGCAUGCAUGCGUUGGUCCCUCGCCUCAAGAAGCUAGUGCUAAUCGAAGUUACAGGAUCAUCAUCUGGCUGGGAACUGCUGCAGCACCUCACUAAGCUGAAAGAGUUGUCUAUUUACAGCUGCAAUGACCUGGCACAGUUACCAGAGAGCAUGCGGAACCUCACCUCUCUCGAGCGUCUCUGCAUCAGCGGAUGCCCCGCCGUUGGCACGUUGCCUGACUGGCUUGGAGAACUGCAUUCUCUGCGAUACCUUGAACUGAGUGGGGGCGAUUUGAAGCAGUUCCCAGAGGCGAUUCAGCACCUCACCUCGCUUGAACAUCUCAACAUGUCAUCAGGUCCUGCACUGACGGUGCUGCCGGAGUGGAUUGGACAACUCUCUGCGCUUCGUGAGCUUUAUCUCCAGCAUUCCCCUGCCCUUCAAUACUUGCCCCAGUCCAUACAACACCUAACUGCUCUCGAGAAAUUGCUCAUUAAUGGUUGCCCUGGUUUGGCGACGCGUUACAAGCGAGGGGCAGGGCCUGACUGGCACCUUGUCAGUCACAUUCGUAGUGUGAAUAUUUUUGAUUCGGAUGAACUUCGAUGGGGGUGA